CCAUUUUCAGUCAUGAGAAACAGUUUUGUGUGUUUAGCAACAUAUUAACCAAAGAUCGAUAUCCAAAGACCAGUGUGUGAUAGUGAGCAGAAGAGUUGAUCAGAAACUCUAGACUAUCAAGAGAACCACGAUCUUUGAGCAUGGCAAAUCAGGAUUCCAGAGAGAAACAGAAACUCGUAAUGGAGGGUAAAAAGAUUGCAAUCGUAGGAGCUGGAAUCAGUGGAUUGAUUGCCUGCAAAUAUGUGAAGACAAAAGGCUUCGAUCCCAUCGUCUUCGAAAUGAAGGACAAUGUUGGGGGAGUGUGGUUGAGAACAUUGGACUCUACUCUACUGCAGACACCGAAGCUCGCCUUCCAGUUCUCGGAUUUUCCGUGGCCGGCUUCGAUCACCAAUUCCCGCCCCACUCAUGGUGAGGUGUUGGAAUAUAUUCAAUCCUAUGCCAGACAUUUCCAACUCCUGCAGUACAUAGAAUUCAAUUCCAAAGUAGUCGGAAUGGAUUUCGUCAAGAAUUCAGAAUCCCAGGAAAAUGGCAUCAUUUCUUGCAACGGCACUGCUUGGUCUGGUGAAGCAUUCAGCUCAAGCGGGUCAUGGCACAUUACAGUGCAUAAUGCUCAGCAACGAUGCUUAAAGGUGCACAUAGUGGACUUUGUGAUAGUGUGCACAGGGAGGUAUGGAGACAUUCCGAAAAUGCCAACCUUUGAAGCAGGGAAAGGACCAGAGGUGUUCAAGGGCAAGGUGGUGCAUGCAAUGGAGCUCUACUCCAUGGACCACAACCAAGUUGAUGAUUUGAUCUCAGAGAAGAAGAUUGUGGUUGUUGGCUUUCAGAAGUCUGCCUUCGACAUUACGGCGAAAUGUGCCAGCAUCAAUGGAAAGGAAUUCCCUUGCACAAUGAUAUGUAGAGAACCGAAGUGGCAUUGCCCUCAAACUUUUGGUUGGUCUCUGGCCCUUGCGUUCCUCUAUGGCACUCGCUUCUCAGAGCUAUUGGAUCAUAAGCCCGGGGAAAGCCUCAUCCAUGGCAUCUUGGCCACACUGCUAUCUCCUUUGAGAUGGGGAGUCUCCAAGAUGGUGGAAAUUUGCUUACAAUGGCAGCUUCCAAUGAAGAAGUAUGACAUGCUGCCCAAAGAAAACUUAUUCCACCAAAUUGCUUCCUGCCAUUUUCUCUCUCUGCCAGAAAAUUUCUAUGGUUGUCUUGAAGAAGGAAGUAUCGUGAUAAAGAAAUCUUCAGGGUGGGGUUUCUGUGAGCAUGGUCUGACACUUGGCAGUAAUGAAGAUGCAAAAUUGGAGGCUGACCUAGUGAUUCUUGCCACUGGAUAUGAAAGCAAUCAGAAGCUCAAGGACUUGUUCGAUUCACCAUUACACCAACAACUCUUAUCAGGUUUUGAAUCUGGAAUUGUUCCCCUGUACAGGGAAUGCAUCCAACCACAGAUCCCUGAGAUGGCAAUCAUCGGAUAUACAGAGGGUGUAUCGAAUCUCUUCACAUCGGAGAUGGAAAUCCGAUGGUUGGUCAGUUUCCUUUCGGGCGGCUUCCGGCUACCCAGCACCAAGGAAAUGGAGGAGGACAUGAAGAAGUGGGAUGAUUACAAGAGGAAACACUCGGGGUACAAGUAUAAGAAGUCAAGCAUUGCUGCAAUUCAUAUUUGGUACAAUGACAUGCUCUGCAAAGACAUGGGAUGCAUCCCGAAAAGAAAGAAAAAUUGGCUCUCGGAGCUCUUCUCGCCUUAUGGCCCCGCAGAUUACUCCAAUCUUUAGCUCUACAGCUCUUGUAAUUACUUCAUGUUAUAUUUUAGGUGUCUAAACAAUGUCGUAUUUGAAGGACGUGGUGUAUAUAUA